CUCUCAUCUUCAUACCCCGAACCAAAAAAAAAUAAACAAGAACAACAAAAAUGUCAUGAACCAACCACUAUGCCCACCCCUUCUUUAUCACCAUCAUUCUCCCUCUCCAAACUGGCCACCCCGGCCGUCGCCACCCUCAUAAGCUUUCUGGCGUAUAGCUCGCAGUACCUCCUGAACCACUUCGAGCCCGCCCCGCUGCGCCGCGCGGAAUGCUGGCGGCUGAACCUGCUGGCGGGAUGUAUCUGGAUCUGCUACUAUCGCACAUGCACUGUAGACCCGGGUUGGGUGCCGAGGGAUUGGAAGCCCGCGGCGGCUGCUGCUGCCCCAGAGGAUCGUAAGCAGCAGCAGCAGCCGCGCAAAUCCCAGCCCAAUGGAGCUGUCGGCAAUGGCGGCGGCCGAUGGUGUCGCAAAUGCGAAGCGUAUAAGCCGCCGCGGGCGCAUCAUUGUCGGACGUGUCAGAGAUGCAUCCCCAAAAUGGACCACCACUGCCCGUGGACCGCCAAUUGCGUGUCGCACUUCACGCUGCCGCACUUCCUGCGGUUCUUAUUCUACGCGGUGGUCGGGAUGGGGUAUCUGGAGGCCGUGCUGGUGGAGCGCGCGGGGCUGGUGUGGCGUGAGAGGGCGAGGCCUAGUUAUCUAGGCCCCACCGCCCUCCAGCUCGCGCACCUCUUCGUGUUGCUGGUUGUUAAUAGUCUGACGGUGUUCAUGCUGUUCAUUCUGCUGGUGCGCACGGUGUGGGCCCUCGCCCUGAACACCACCACCAUUGAGGAGUGGGAGAUCGAACGCCACCAGACGCUGCUGCGGCGCGCGAGGCAUUUCGGCGGGUAUCUGCAGGGGCCCGGGGGCGUUCGGGUGCGGAUCAAGCGCCAGGAGUUUCCGUAUGAUGUUGGGGUGUGGGGGAAUUUGAGGCAGGGGAUGGGGUCGGGGAAUAUCCUGAGCUGGUUCUGGCCAUUCGCGAGAACCCUCGACCGGAGAUCGGGGUUGGAGUUCGAGGUCAACGGGUUUGAAGAUCCAAAUACGACCUGGCCCCCGCCCGACCCAGACCGCAUCCCAUGGACUGCUCCCGCAGCAGCAGGUGCAGCGCCAGAAAACAACCUUCUGGCCGCCUCGUCAUCGGGAACAGGGACACCCCAGAAGAUCCUCCGCCGCAAGCGCUUCCACCAACGUUUUGACCGCACCCAUUCUGUCCGAAAACAGGAGACACCCAGCGACUCCGACGCCAGCAACAGCGACAACAGCGGCAGCAGCGAGCCCGAGGACGCAGUCUCAGACGACGGGGAGGAAGGCUGGCGCAAUGCCGACGGGGACCGGCUUAGGGACUUUGGGGUCGAGGAGGAGGUCGAGUUCUACGAUGAGGAGGAUAUCCCGUUGGCGGUUCUGAUGGCGCAGAGGGGGUAUUCUUGAUGGGUUGGUUUGGAUGUGUGUGAGGGGGAGGGGAUGCACUUGACCAAUGUGUUGUGCUGAGGAUGGUAGUCGAUAUCAUAUAGCUUAUGGUAUGAGGCAUACAAUACAGUAGCAAUAGAGCUUGAGGUCUCCCGGGGAAUCCGGGGGUCUGGUAUUGUGCUGGUCGGUAGCGGCGAGUAGGAGAGUCUACUAGUCCGAGG